AUGGUUUCUCUUUCUGAAGAUUCCAUCUUGGUCUUGAAGGGUUUCAUGGCUGGUUUUAUGCAGAUCACGGCUAUAAGAACGGAGGAAUGUGUUGCUGAUUGCUUUGUCAGACUGCUCUACUUAGCGGAGGGUCAUUUAGAACCGAACAUGAACUUUUUUGCCUAUCACCUCCGAUAUAUUCCAACUUUUUUGGCUCUUGGCAUCUUCUAUGCUCUAUUUCCCAUAUCCUCAGUCAUAUCCACUGUGUUCAUCACCUUCUUUUUAUAUAUUUACGCAGAGCUACUCUGCAAAAUCGCAGACCAGCCUCUUCUUCGAACACACAGUCAGUUAAUCCAACAGAUUCCUGAUGCUGCUAAUAAUAGUUCAAUCCCUUCUAUCACCAACUUUAGCCAAGGGGAAACCCAGGAUCCUGUUGGUCAACAGAAUUAUAGCGCUCCUCAUUCAGUCUUUUCUACCUCAAAUUUUAGCCAAUGGGAUAUAUGGGAUCCCCCUAUUGGGGGCGGUGGAUUCGCAUUUGUUCAUGUUGCCUCUAACAGAGUAACCGGAGACCGGUGUGCUGUAAAGAAACUGAAAGACCCUGACAAUUUUGACAACGCAAGAUUUCUUAUUCAGGAAAUCGAAAUUCUCAGCCAACUGGAGCAUCCAAACAUUAUAAAGUAUCGUGGGAGUGAAAGAGUUGGAAACCAGAUAUGGCUAUUAACGGAAUAUGUUCAAACUGGGACACUCACAAAGUACAUAAGUGAACUAGGCGCUUUCCAAGAACGUUUUGUUCGAGAUAUCACUGUCCAAAUUCUCUCUGCAUUGGCUUACUUACACAGCAAAAGAAUAGUCCACAGGGAUAUCAAGCCCGAUAACGUACUCGUCGAUUCUUAUGGCAUUGUAAAGCUUAUUGACUUUGGUUUGGCUAAACAUGUAAGUACUUGA